UCAUCAACAAGCGGCUCAACGUACGUUCGUCUCCACCGUCAUUGCUCGACGCUUGAGGGCAUCCAAAUGACCUGAGGAUAUUUCUCAUAAAGAAAAUACAGGUCCUCAAAAAUCUUCACCGAACGGGAUGGCUUCAAGCGGUGCGCACGAAGUUAGCGGUGUUCGUAUCGCCGUGGAAGGCUGUGGACACGGCACACUCAACGCCAUCUAUGCUGCCGUCGACAGGUCAUGCAAAGAACGCCAAUGGGAUGGCGUCGACCUGCUCAUUAUCGGCGGCGACUUCCAGGCCGUCCGCAAUGCCGCCGACCUCAACGUCAUGUCGGUGCCGCCGAAGUACCGACAGCUCGGCGACUUCCACGAGUAUUACAGCGGGGCCCGCAAGGCACCCUAUCUGACCGUCUUCGUGGCCGGUAACCACGAGGCCUCGUCCCACCUCUGGGAGCUCUACUACGGUGGCUGGGUUGCUCCCAACAUCUACUACAUGGGCGCGGCCAAUGUGCUCCGCCUGGGCCCGCUGCGCAUCGCCGGCAUGAGCGGGAUCUGGAAGGGCUUCGACUACAAGAAGCCGCAUCACGAGCGCCUGCCAUUCAACGCCGACGACGUCAAGAGCUUCUACCAUGUGCGCGAGAUCGACGUGCGCAAGCUCCUGCAGCUGCGCACCCAGGUGGACAUCUGCAUCAGCCACGACUGGCCGCGCGCCAUCGAGAAACACGGGAACCAGAGGAGCCUGUUCAAGAAGAAGCCCGACUUCGAGCGCGAGUCCCGCGACGGCACACUAGGGAAUCCGGCCGCCGAGUAUGUCCUCGACAGGCUGCGGCCGCGGUUCUGGUUCUCGGCGCAUCUGCACUGCAAGUUCGCGGCGAUCAAAGUCUUUGCGCCAUCAGAGCCCUCAGGGGCAGAGGCCGCAGAAGCCUCGCAACCGGUCCCUGAGCCUGCUGCAGAGCCGGUCCCAGUCGCCAACCCGGAGGAAAUCGACCUCGGUCUGGAGGACGACGAAGACAACGCGGGGGGUGAGGCUCCAGCAGCUGACACAGCCGAACCAACCGUGAACCCCGCUGUUGAAGAAGAUCCCGCCACCACAACAGAGGACCUGCGCGCCCAACUCCCCGCCGCCUUCGCCAAACCGGCCCAAGUACGACAACCACAUGUCCCCCGUCCCGUCCCAGGCCAACCUGUCCCCCCAGGAAUCACCAACACGACCACCCGCUUCCUGGCGCUCGACAAGUGCCUCCCAGGCCGUAAAUUCCUCCAGCUCCUCGAGAUCCCCUUCUCCUCCUCCUCCUCAGAAGAAGAAGAAGGAGGAGGAGGAGGAAAACUCACCCGCCCGCUCCGUCUGCAGUACGACCCGGAAUGGCUCUCCAUCCUGCGCGUCUUCCACCCACUCCUCAAAAUAGGCGACCGCACCGCACAGACCGAACCCGACCAGGGCGAAGCGCACUACCUGCCCCUGAUCGAGGCCGAGCGGCGCUGGGUCGAAGAGAACGUCGUCGCCAAGGGGCCGGUGAGCCUCGACGUACCCCUGAGCUUUGAGCCGACCGCCCCUCCCCACAGGCCCGGCGUGGAUGCAGAACGGGUGGACGAGCAGCCGCUGGAGUGGACGAACCCCCAGACGACGGUGUUCUGUGAGAUGUUGGGGCUGGAGAACCACUGGCAUGCUAGCGAGGAGGAGAGGAAGGCGAGGCGGGAAAUGGGCCCUGCGCCGGCUGAGUUUGGCGGUGGCGGUUGGGGCGGGCAGCGCGGAGGGGGAUGGGGAUGGAGAGGAGGUGGAAGGGGUGGUGGUAGGGGCCGAGGAGGACGAGCGGGAAGGGGCGGUGGCGGUGGUGGGAGAGGAAGGGGUAGAGGAGGCAGAGGAGGGAGGUGGUAGGGGGGGCUUUCAUCGAUCGUUCAAUACUAUUCAUGUGAUCGAGGUUGAGGUUAAGGCGUAAGGUCAUAAUUUGGUCUGAUCUGGUACGGUUAUUGUGAAGUGUCAACCUUAUUAUUUCCUUUUUUUUCUACAU